AGCGGUCCUCACUUACGACCCUCGUGCCCCUCUUUCUCCAGAACCCUGCUUCCCCGCACCGAGCGGCAUCCCCAUCACAACUGCAUCGCCUCCAUAGCCCUCAUCCUGAACGGUCUCAGCACUUCGUGUCAUUCUGCUUCUCAACCUCCGUAUUCGCAUCAAGUGAGUUCACCCUGCUAAAGAUGCAAGCGGCAUCCGUCAAAGUCAACUCUCGCAAGCGCAUGAACGCUGCGGGAGCCUCUACACGGCCAGUGGAAAUCACUCUCGACAAGUUGAGGCCCCUCUUCCAUAUGCGGCAAGAAAUAGCAGCUGACAUGCUGGGAGUGUCGCUGUCAAGUCUGAAAUCAUCUUGCCGUCGUCUCGGACUGACCAGAUGGCCAUACACAAGGUUUGUAUCCAAUGAAGGAAGCUCAUUCAAAUCGGUCCUAGUAGAGAGCAGCAUAGAUGCAGAAUCUUCCGUUGCAUCAUCUGACACGGUGAUCGCGCCAACUGAGAACGUGAACCACCCUGCAGAAGAAGAAGAGGAAACUCAAGACGAACCCUGUCACAGCCCUCAAUCAGACUCAACCAUGAUUGACGGAGAAUUCAUAUUGGAUCCUAUAUGGAUAUCUUGGUAUGUCAGUCUAGACGAAUCCGAUGCUGAAGAGAUAUGAGCAAACAUUCGAAAAUGAGCUUCUCAAACACGAGAAUGUUUGAAAGUUGCGAGUGCAUCAACCGCAAGGAUCAAUGGGACAUAAACAGCAGGAAUCCAGUCAUGACAACACUUAGCAUCUGCUUUUCUGCCGCAUACCGGUUCGGUGAAUGUUCACGCUAGUUGUUUAUUUGUUUUGUACAAGUGUUCUGAUGAUAGUAAAAGACCUCAUCAA